AUGCCCGCGUGGGUGGCGCUGCUGUUGGUCUGGGCGGCCGCCGAGGCCUCCGAGGUUUGCCCGGCCGCGUGCGCCUGCCGCGCGCUGGACACCAUGGGGCUGCAGGUGGACUGCCGCGGCCGCGGGCUCGAGGCGCUCCCCGCCCUGCCGGCCCCCACGCGCCAGCUCCUGCUGACCAACAACAGCCUGCGGAGCGUGCCCCCCGGCGCCUUCGACCACCUGCCGCAGCUGCAGGCCCUGGACCUGGAGCACAACCCGUGGCGCUGCGACUGCGACCUCGUCUACCUGCGCCUCUGGCUGGAGGACCGCGCGCCCGAGCAGCUGCGGCGCCUGCGCUGCGCCGGCCCCGCCCACGCCGCGGGCCGCGCGCCCGCCCAGCUCAGCGGCUGGGAGCUGGGCGGCUGCGGCUGGAGCCUGCGCGAGUCCUGGGCCUGCCCGGGGCCCUGGUGGGACGCGGCGCUGGUGGUCGUGGCCGCGCUGGGCCUGGCUCUCCUGGGGAGCCUGCUGUGCACCGUCCCGGUGCCCCGGGCCAGUCGCCAGUAG